UCUAGGUGCUCUGCUUUCUCUUAUUUUGUGGUGUGGAUUGACUGCUGCUUCCAAAAUGGCGACGGACCCGACGCUGGUUGCCAGGCUUGAUGCCUUGGUCUCGGAUAUCCUUGCGGACUGGAACAUCUACACGACUCUAAUCGCUGGGGCUCUUGUCGCUGUGGCCAUUUCCUCGCUUGUCUUCUCCAAUGAGCCGGAUACCCAUCCGUUCCUGCUCGCUCGCCAAGCUACGACGUCGCCGGUCCGGCAACCAGGGGAGUCAGCAGUAUACCGGAGUUUAGAGACACCGUACGGGUUUCCAUUGAAGGCUGGUUUGAACAUCCGAGACCCUGGGGCACUCAAAUGGACUAGUGGCAGAAAUGGCGAUCUACGAGAUAUUUGGAAGACUGCUGUUCGUGGUGUGCUAAACGAAGACGGUUCGGCGACCGGAAAACAAGGAAAGAUUUACACCGUACUGGGAAAGAACGUGGAAGAGCAUAGCCUGGACAACAUCACUCAAGAGAUCAAUGUGAUCGGUCAGCACCUCAGUGGUGCCAAGGUGGAAACAGUUGCAGUAUGUCUGACGGACUCGAUUGAGCUACUUGCUGCGAUAUUCGCUGGUGCCUUCUACGGAUAUAAGACGGUUAUUGUUCCUCACAAUAUGCAGCCGGAUAUUCUGUCCGCUCAUCUGCAAAAGAUAAAAGCCGAUGCCUUGAUCGCGGAAGCUGGUUCGCUCGAUUUAUCAGUAGUUGCCAAAGGAAACGACCAGCUGGCCCAUGUGCUCUGGGUCGCCAAGUAUGGCAGUAGACACAUGGACUGGAGUCACGUCCCGGAAGAGCUCAAGAAUCGUUUGGAAGUAAAUGUUUGGCACAACCUCGUGGAAGAGAACCGGAAUAUCCACGGAUCAGACGUGCCUUCCUAUGACCCUAGCACACCGACACCCUCUGUGACCACUGUCUGGCCUUCGGGAGCCGCCCUCGGUGACUUUGUUGAGUACUCGCCAAAGAACCUGGUUGCCGGAAUCAGCGCUCUAAGCUCUGUGCUGCCACGGCCCCAAAAGGUCACCAGCAACGACCUGGUCCUCUGCAUUGAUUCCCUUUCUCGGUCGUAUCCAUUGUGCCAAGUAAUGGCUGCUCUUUUCGCAAAUGCAUCCGUUGCUCUGAACUCCGUGGCAGGCGAGAGCGUUGACUUUGCACUAGCGACGGCUGGUGUGUCUCCAACGGUUAUUAUUGCUUCCUCCCGGACCAUUUCAGACUACCACAAAAAGAUCAUGGAGCCACACACGGGGGUUGUGUCCAAGCUCGGCCAAUGGGUCCAGUCACGCAGUCUAGAAGCCGGGCAUAUGCCUUCCCGCAAUGUGCUGAGCCAGCUCGCCAACAUCGGGCCGACCGCUGAACUCUCACUCGACAAGCUCCGCUUGCUCUGCAUCUCGCACCGGGUCGAUGCUGACCGCGAGUACCGCUUAACCUCGCAACAGCUGACAGAUCUCCGGAUCUUCACUGGGGCUCGCGUGGUAUAUGCCUUGACCGGACCGGGGAUCGCCGGUGCCAUCAGCCAGACCCAUGUCUUUGAUUACCGGCAACAUCAUGGCCCAAGUCACUUUGGCGUGCCGCCAAGCAGUGUCGAAAUCUUCCUGGCAGGUUUCCCAGAGAGUCAAGUGUCGACACACGCCAUUGAAGGCCAGGUUGUUGUGUCUGGACCUGCUGUUGUGUCCGGGACGACUCGCUUGCUUGCUCGAGGACGCUUCCGCUCGGACAACACGCUGGAACUGGUUUCGUAGAUUAUUGAUACGAAUAUCCAUGCCCGGGUACAUGAAUCUUCGUAAAUGCUC